GCUACGAGUCUCCACUUCCUCCUUCUCUGCUGGAUGUCAGUUUUGUACUUUUGUUGAUACGCAAAGAACGUUGUUGCCACAAUUUGUAUAAACCAAUAAACUUUUUUGAACAAGAUGGUGAGUGCUUAAACAUGGAAGUUGAUAAGCUUCAUCUAAGACACUGCAUGCUCUACGAGUAUCAAAAGGGCAAUAACGCAACUGCAGCUACAAAAGAAUUAUGUAUGGCGUUAGGCCAGGAUAUCGUAGACGUUAGGACGGUUCAGAGAUGGUUCUCCAAAUUUCGAGCUGGAAAUUUUCACCUCGAGGAUGAGCCGCAUACCGGCAGACACUCGAACUUCGAUGACGAUAUUCUGAAGGCGCUACUUCUUGAAGACCCUUUCUUAAGUAGCAGGGACAUAGCGGAAAGGAUGGGCUUUGAUCAUACAACAGUAUCGCGGCAUAUAAACAAACUGGGGUACGUCCAGAAGUUUGGUAGAUGGGUUCCGCAUGAACUCAGCGAAACCAAUUUGCUCACCCGCGUCGCCGUAUGCUCCUCGCUGCUAGCACGGCAGAAUUUUCAGCCUUUCUUAGACCAGCUAGUCGUUGGCGACGAAAAAUCGAUUACGUACGAUAAAGUCAGAAAAAAGCCCAAGUGUGAGAAGGCCCUAUCUGAUCCCGGACCUAGUGUCCACCAACAAAAAAGAAUGCUCUGUAUCUGGUGGGAUAGAAAAGGACCUGUACACUACGAGCUCCUGCCACCCGGCCAACGCAUCACCGCUGAUGUCUAUUGCGAGCAAUUGUCACGAUUAGAUGCGAAACUCAAGGAAAAACGGGCAGUUUCAGCCGGCCGGAGAGGCAUCAUCCUUCAACGCGACAACGCCCGACCGUACAUCGGACUCCGGGCCAGACGGAAACUGUGCGGGCUCGGCUACGAGGAUCUUCCCCAUCCACCUUACUCCCCCGAUGUCGCCAUCGGACUACCACUUAUUUUUGUCGUUACAAAAUUUUUUGAACGGGAAAGAAUUUAAGAAUGACGACGACGUGAAUGACGCGCUGUCAGAAUUCUUCCGUCAAAAGGAUGAAGAUUUCUUUGCGUCCGGAAUUGAUAAGCUGUCCAUUAAGUGGAAACAAGUCGUAGAUAAUAAUGGGCAAUAUGUUCUCGAUUGAACGACGAAUUUUUCCCCAAAAUAUCGGCUUUAAGUUUAUCCGGAAAUACGACGGAAAUGAUGCAACGAUCUAAUAUAAUAAUGAUCAACUUUAAAUUUAUUUCGUAUUUUGUUUCUUAGAGUACUUUAAACACAUGGUACGAUUAAAUUAAAGGGUGCAGUAAAACGACGAUUACCUACGAUUCGAACAGAUCCAUAAAACUUUGGUCAAGUUUAUUGGAGGCGAUCUUCGCAUUUUCUCGUGCUACCAAUAAUACAAAUUGUUUACAAGACACACACAACAUUGAAGAGAACGUAAAUCAUGUUCAAAUCACUGUUCGUUGCGACUUUCUUUCAUUUCUCUCUCUCUCUCUUUCUAUUUUCUGUUUCACUUAGAGAUGCCUCGGUGAUAUCAGGCAUUACCUUUGUACCAUCAAAUCAUAACAAGAUAGCGCUUAUAUAACUUUUUCAAGGCGCAUCAAUUUAUAUACCGAUAUUUGAAUAACUCGAGUGUCUAUGAGAGGCCUCGAUGCAGCAGGCAACACUUGCAAAAUCAGAGCUUGCUAAUCCUGCUUUUCAAUUUAAGGCGUAACACGUUUACAGAGAUCUUGGCAGAUCGGAAAAUAUGCGAGAAGGAAAGAAAAGGCUAAAACGCUUGGCAAUAUACACUCACAAGCUACAUUAUCUUGCGUAAUAUAUUCAAGUAACGUGCUAACUACACCUGCUAAUCUCGACUCUUUCGUAGAAAACGAAAACUUGGAAUUUCGAGCUAUAGAUCGAUUAUGAAAGAAGAGAGUUGAACAAUUCCAUCUCAAUUCGUCGUACUAAAAAACGAUACGUGUCAAAUUUCGUAUCAGCAUGUAUGUACGUAUAUAUAUUUACGCGUUUCCUCAAGAAUAGAUGUAUCUUUGAACUAUUAAUAAAAAAGAAAAUUGAUCCCU